ACCUUUACCUUCCUGCAGCCGAAAACAACACCGAGUUCAUCCGUAGGUUACACAAAACAUGGGUGUUUCAUAAGCAUUUCUCACGUUGAACUGCACGAACGGCACGUAAUUAAUUAUGUAACCUUUGUGUUUGUGGUACAUUAAAUACUCCGAACUCGGUGCAUGAAGUGCGCAAAAUGGCAGGUCGUAGUGAUUUGGCAGGAUUUAUUAAAGGACUUGCAUUGAUUCGACAAGCACUUGUUGAAACAAGUGGAAGGGAUUUAAAACAUGCAUGGGAAAACUCCAGUGUGAAAACUGCUGCUAAACAAGCAGGCAUAAAACUUCAGGAAAACUUGGCUAAUGCACAAGCUCCCAAUGUCGGCGAAAUUACAAAAAAGGUUAGCGACACAGUGACCCUUGCGUACACACAGGCAGCAGCUGCGGCUAGUGUCUUACAGAACAAAGGCAAGGGGACAACAAUACCACCACCCAGCUCUUUCGUUGGCAGUGAUUUUGACAUAUCUAGUCCUGUGAUUGACAGUGACCCAAUACUGAAGCCAGAUGUAUCAGGAACACAAGAUAAACAAGCUACUGACCAAAAAGAUCUGAAUGUUUUACGGUCAACAGUUGCAACGGCCACUGCUGCUAGUAAACCUGUGGAACCUUCUAUUAAACAACAAAUGACUACUUUAAGUAAUGCAAUAAAUAUUGACAUACCAAAAGUGGCUGUAAAGACUGAUCUGAAACCUGAAGUGUCAACGCAGAUUCCACAAAAGCAGUCAAAAAAGCAGAAGUCCAAGACCAGUAUUUCUAGUCUGGACCUGGAGAAACGGAAAGAGAUACUGAGCAGCUUCAAACCUGGGUUGAGUGUUUCAUCACAGGAGAGAAAGGUACCGUCUUCAAGGAUAGGUCGGGUCUAUACAUUUGGAAAGAUGGCUGGAAGUCUUGGACUUGGUGCAAUGACUGAGUUCACUAAGCAGUCACUAGGACUAGGUGACAAAGACGACAAAGGCAAGAAUGUGCUCCUGAGUGAGGCCAACAUGAACAUGAUUGUUGACACGCUGUGUCGUGUCCGUGGGGCUGCCCUCAAGCUGGGACAGAUGCUCAGUCUUCAAGACGAGUCCAUGAUAAGUCCAGAGUUGCAGAAAAUAAUGGAGCGUGUUCGUCAGAGUGCAGACUACAUGCCCAUAUGGCAGAUGGAGCGGGUGAUGAAGAAAGAGUUUGGAGAUGACUGGCGAAGCAAGGUAAUGAGUUUCGAUGAUAAACCAUUUGCAGCCGCAUCCAUUGGUCAAGUGCAUCGGGCUAUUAAGCUAGAUGGCAAGAAUGUAGCAAUGAAAAUACAGUAUCCAGGAGUUGCCAAGAGCAUUGACAGUGACAUCAACAACCUGAUGUCCAUACUGAAUGUCUGGAACUUCAUUCCAAAAGGUCUGUAUGUAGACAGUGUGAUCAAAGUGGCUAAGAAGGAACUGGCCUGGGAGGUGGACUAUCUCAGGGAAGCAGAAUGUAGCGAGAAGUUCAGAGAGCUUCUGAAGGACGACCCGUCAUACUACAUCCCGGCUGUAUCCCAUGAGUUGACAACCAGUCAGGUGCUCACCACAGAGUAUGUUGAGGGGCUGCCUCUGGACAAGUGCAUGCAGCUGGACCAGGAAACCAGAGACUGGCUCGGCAUGAAGCUACUGGAGUUGUGUCUGCGGGAGCUGUUUGAGUUCAAGUUCAUGCAGACAGACCCCAACUGGUCUAACUUCUUCUACAAUCCUGCCACAGAAAAGAUUGUGUUGCUAGAUUUCGGUGCCACUCGUGAGUUCUCUGCCAAGUUUGUGGACACAUACAUACGCAUCAUCCGUGCCGCAGCGGACAAUGAUCGCCAAGGCGUACUGGUGCACUCCAGAGAGUGCGGCUUCCUUACCGGCUAUGAGACCAAGGAAAUGGAGCGAGCCCAUGUGGACUCUGUGAUGAUCCUAGGAGAGGCCUUCCACUGCAAUGGACCAUUUGACUUCCACAACCAGAACACGACCCAUCGGAUACACAACCUCAUUCCUGUCAUGAUGAAUCACCGGCUCACCCCACCACCGGAGGAGACGUACAGUCUACAUAGGAAAAUGGCGGGAAGCUUUUUGCUAUGCACGAAACUGAAGGCGAAUGUGGACUGUCGUGCGCUAUUUGAGCCGCUCUUUGAGAAAUACAGAUGGAGUACAGAUGGGGUUUCGGAAAGUGCAGCAACAUCCGCUCAAGUGCCUGGUGUAGGGGAUUUGGCGUUGGUCUGAUAAACUGAUGGGUCCGAGUUUGUCAUGGUGUAUAUGAACUGGAAACUGAUGGGUCCGAGUUUGUCAUGGUGUAUAUGAACUGGAAGUAUAUGUAUGUCACUGUACUGCUGGAGUUUAGAUGAAAUGUUACUAGUGUGGGUGUGAUGGUUGUUAUAUUAGCAGUAGUGCAAGAUCUAACAUAAGUAAAAAGUGAAGAGUACGCGCAUGAUACGUUUAUCUGGAAGCGGUAUAGCUCGUUUUGUUAUAUGAAUUUAUCUUACUGUAAAAAAUAAAAAUAUCUGUCCUUGCAGUUAUCAUUAUUGUCAACUUAAUACAUGUAUAUGUUUUAUCGAAAAUCUGGCAGUGUUUGUAAGUGGAUUAUUUAUGUAUUUAGUACUAUUAUGAAUAAAGCUUUUUAUUUCGUU